UAGCAGCAGAGCUUUACCCAGCUCAAACCUGUCUCUCAGUCUAUUCUUUCCUCUCCCCUUGUCUUCUUUCAAAGUAAACCGGGCUAAUAAGAUUCAAGGCUGGAGGAGGAGCUGAGCUGGAAGAACAGAAACAGCAUUACACACAGAGCAGCCAGGAGAGCUGAUAGAGGCAGACAGCACAGGGAGAAUGUCUUGCCACCUCACCUCCGCCAGUCAGGGAAGGUAAGGCUUAUCGAGGGGACUUACUCAAAGGAAUGACGGAAUGGAAUGUCCGUAGACUUUAACAGGGCACCGGAAUGCCCAUCGACAAUAAUGGAACAGAAUGGAAUGUUCACAGAGAAUAAUGGAAACAAAAUAUUUGAAUUAGAGACAAAUACAUUAGACAUCACGAAUAAAACUUUAGCAGACAUACUCUCCGAGAUCCGUGGAAUUGUUUAGCUAUGGGGGUUGCUGGGUUACCCCCCUGACAAGGCAAUGAUGGCCACAGUAGAAUGUUUUUUCGAAGUGUGACUGCGAAUGCCACCGAGAAGGUAUUCUUCUUCCUGGUCAGGUGGCAAAGAGGCUGCUGAAUUUUUGCAUACGGCAGCAGGUAGAUCACAGCAGUAGCUAAACAUGGAUGAACCCAAGGCGGCUACGAAGGCGGCCAAGGAAAAGUCCCAGGGAUCGCGGAAGCUGUUUAGGAGUCGGUCCCUGAAAUCGGUUGGGAAUUUUAUGCAGAGGAUACUAAAGACUUUAAACAGUUUGUCUCACCUGGGAGACAGGGACCAGGAUGUGGAAGAUGAUGACGGAGGCUUUAAGCCCAAAUCUCGCCAAAGAGAUGGGAAAGGGUCUGCACAGGAGGAUUUUAGACUUGUUCAAGGAGGGGACAGCAACAACAACUUGGGCAAAACUCAGGUGCCAGCGAGAUGCCAGGAUAGGCUCUCCUGGAGCUCGGACGAGAAGGUGCCUGGAGUACAGGGUUUAAAAAAUCAUGGGAAUACCUGCUUUAUGAACGCCGUAGUCCAAUGUUUGAGCAACACGGACCUGCUGGCAGAAUUCUUGGGAAUGGGCCAGUACCGAUCAGAAUUUGAUAGGAUUAAAAUGAAUGGAGAGGUAAUAAGGGAACAAGCACCUGAACCUUCACCAACUAACAGGGGGGAAAUCACGGAGACAUUGGCAUCACUGGUGAGGGGACUGUGGACCCUGGAAUAUACCCCGAACCUGUCAGUGGAAUUUAAGAAUGUUGUCUCUAAGUAUGGCUCACAGUUUCGGGGUAAUUCUCAACAUGAUGCCCUGGAAUUUCUGCUCUGGCUGUUGGACAAAGUCAACGAGGAUCUUAAUUCUUCCAAUGGUGAGAACUCAAAAACGCAGGCCAAGCCUCCACCUGCUUCUGAGCAGAGACCAACCAGCCCCUCACACUCCCUGCCUGCAGCUGGGGCGCAGAGCUUUGUGGAAGAACACUUCCAAGCACAGUACAGAUCAUCACUCACCUGCCCUCACUGCCAUAAACAGAGUGACACAUUUGACCCCUUCUUGUGUGUCUCAUUGCCCAUCCCCCUACGUCAAACCAGGGCCCUGAAUGUCACACUAGUCUUCCAAACCAAACAGCAAAGAUUCCUUCGCAUUGGCUUGGCCGUGCCGCUCUUUGGGACCGUGGCAUCUCUGAGAAAGAUGGUAGCAGAUGAAGGAAAGGUGCCACCCAACCAGGUGAUCCUGGUCGAGCUGUUUUCUAGUGGUUUCCAGCGAUCCUUCUCUGAUGAGGAAGAUCUGAACACUAUCGCGGAGGGUGACCCGGUCUAUGCCUUCCAGGCUCCUGUCCCUUUACCCAAAACAGGAGGCAAUUCUCGUCCCUCAGGGUAUCCCCAAAGCCUCCCAUCCUCCCCACGUUACCCCGAUGCAGGAGCACAGAAAUUACCUGAAGCGGGUUCUGUUUCUUCUGAGUUCCUUGCUCAAAACUCUAAGAUCCUCAUUCUCUUGUGCAACACAGAGAGAGCCAGUCAACAGACAGACAGCUUUAAUAGGUUUGGGCCGCCCUUGCUAAUGAAAGAGGAAAGGACCAUGUCCUGGGACCAGCUGCAGCUAGGGAUUCUGGGCAAGAUUCGUUACUUGAUGAAGAAUGAUGCACAAACCACGCAGAACGGAUCAGCCCUUUUCCGUAUUCGAGUAGUAGGAGGACCAGCUAAUAGCAGUUACCUCUCUCCAAAAGAUGCACGACCUCUACAACACCCUGCAGUUGAUCGGGCUCUGCAGAUGAGUGGUGCCGGUGGACCUCCCCAUGUAAAGUUGGCAGUAGAAUGGGACUCUAAAACCAAAGAGCGGUUGUUUGGUCCUAUCCAGGAGGAAGUUGUUCAAGAUGCAGAGUCUGUAAGAUCCCAACAACUGGACCACCAGCAGCAGAGCUGCACCCUGGAUGAGUGCUUUCAGCUGUACACCAAGGAGGAGCAGUUGGCACCAGAUGAUGCCUGGAGGUGCCCGCACUGUAAGGUCCUGCAGCAAGGAACUGUCAAGCUAAGCCUUUGGACCCUCCCAGACAUUCUCAUAGUCCACCUUAAGAGGUUUCGACAAGUUGGGGGCCGCAGGAACAAACUGUCCACCCUGGUCAGAUUCCCUCUCUUUGGAAUGGACAUGACUCCACAUGCAGUAAAGAGGGGCCAGCGACAGAAGAGCAUGUUGAGCCCAUGGGCAUCUUAUCAGAUGGAGAAUGGACAGCCGGGUGUAUUUUAUGAUCUAUACGCUGUGUGCAAUCACCAUGGAAGUCUACAGGGUGGGCACUACACAGCUUACUGCAGGAAUUCGCUGGAUGCCCGCUGGUACAGCUACGAUGACAGUAAUGUAGAGCAUGUUGAGGACGACGAUGUGUGCACCCGUGGAGCCUACCUCCUCUUUUACCAGAAGAGGAAUACAAUCCCAGCUUGGUCUGCCUGCAGCUCUGUCAGAGGUUCCACUUCCUCCUCCAUGUCUGAUCACUGGGCCCUCAGGCUGAACGGCAGCAAGAGAGAGAGUGUGGUUUCCCGCACUGCCACCAGCUGCUCUCCUGUGCCCCAAACACUGGACUCCCCAGUCGACCUUAAUAAGGAAACACACUCAGAGAAUGAUGUUGGUUCAGAGUCAUUUGUGCGUGGAGUGAAGGGACGCAGUGCAAGUAUGAAGGUGUCAUCAGCCACGAAGCUAAAAUUGAGCAUCAGUAAAGCAAUGCCUCUACGAUGGUCGUUUGGAUCAAAAGACAAGUCAAAACGUGGGUCUGGUGAACUGAUAGAGUAUUUGGAAUCUGGAAGAAGACCCAAAUAUACCAAUGAAUCCAUUGUCCCACUGAUGACCAAUGCUGAAAGCAAAGCCAGAGGAACUCAGCCAAAGUCUAACCCUUCAAAAGACCCCAAUGCCAAUGGCACAACUCCAGUGAGUUCUACUGGAAGUCCGUCUGGGACAGUAACAUCUUCUUCCAAAACAGACACACUCAGGGGAAAGCCAAAGGAGAAGGUGAACCUUCAAGAAGGUACCCAGACUGGAAGAAAAGAAGGAUUUAUGCAGACAAACACCAGAGAUGCAAAAUCAUCUGGAGAUAAUCCAUCACCAGCAAAACAAUCAGGGAAAAAGGGAGAUAAUAACCAAAGAAGCCUUAGUAAAGAUAGGGACAACAGGAGGACAUCAUCAUCUGAGGCAGAAGGACAGCAAGCAGCCAAGUUCACUAAACCGAGGUCAAGUUUUGGGAAGGAGUCCAGGAAGCCAUGUGGACCUGAAAAUGCCAAAAUAUCCGAGCUUCCUAAUGGUGUGUCCAGGACUUCUUUAGAUAAUGGGGUGCUGGGUGACAGGCGGACUAGUGGUACAAUGCCAAGACGUCACAAAGAGGACCUGAUCAGUGACAAAUCAAAGGCUGAAAUCAGACGAGCUCAGAGCUCAUCCAAUGUCCAGAACAAGGUGGAAUGGACUUUAAAGAGGUCCACCUCUCUCCACAAAAAUGGGAGUGCUUCCACCCAGCUGCCCGUACAAGGGUCUACAGACAAGGUGUUGUCCGGCACACUGCAAAGAAUGAGGUACCAGACGUCCUCUUUGGGCAGGAAGAAAUCUGUGCCUGAAUCAAGCUUCUAGGAGAGGGCUAUAGUGCAAGGUUCACGAUUUCCAUUUUUAUGGUGAUUUUCAAAUCGUGAAUUGACAGGAACUAAGUUCUUUAUAGGGAACAUGAAGGCACAUUCACCAAGGUCUUAUUGAAAUUUGUGAAAUGAUGGAUAUUUUAAUACACAAGUACAAAAUACAUAGACUUUCAAACACAAGAUGCCCUCUAGUGCCCUGUGCGUGUAUGUACACAAGUUCUAAAGUCUUGAUAACCCACAUACACCCAUGUAUAUUUUGCAUACUGGAAAAUACACAAAGAUCCAGUCACACAGAAAAACAGAAUCAAUGUUACCAAAAUCUUCUCAAAUCUUCGAAUAAUGUGUCCCGAAUAAGGCUGGGUAAAAACUCACGUUUCACAUUACAGUGAACUUCUUUGCUAUGGCUCUUUAACCCAUAAAAAUGUGUUCACUUCAGUUCUCUCUAUUAACUUAAUGUGAUAAUGGACUGAAAUGGUUGAUGCAAGGAAGCAAAAAUUUCAUAUUUGUAUUUUUGCCCAACCCUAGUCAGAAAUUAGUGGACAAGAUAAAAAAAAAUGUCACUGAAUGAUUUAAUUCCUGCACAUUUUUUUGUCUUCCAGUAUAGAUGAGUGAUGGAAGCCUUUGUGGCUAUAAAGUCGUGUAUUCAUUAAAUAGUGAGAGAUCCUGGAGAUGUGUGCAAUUUCAGUGAUCAGGGGCUUAUAAACACUUUACUUAACCACAUGAAGGGAUAUUCCUUAAAAUGAAAUUUAAAAUUUACAAGGGAAUUGCACAUACAAGCCAAAAUAGCCAACUUCGAAAACCUCUCGAAUUUGGCUAACGCUGUUUUGUUAACUCACUGUUUAAUGGAUAAACCACUCGGUACUAAAACUCCCUUGGCCCGGGUUCUCCAUGAAGUGUAGCAUUGCCCACUUACUGCCAUAAGUUCAUCCUCCAUAACUGCAUGGUAUUCCAUUUUCUUUUUAGAGUUUUGAGUGAUUCUAAAUAAGCUGCAGAAAGGUUAUUCCCGAACAGCGAAUUGUAGUAAAUUUAAAAACCCAAUUGCAACAUUUAAACAAGAAAAACCAUGUUGGCUUACUUCAACUUGUCUAUGUUAAACUAAAUUUCCCAGUUUUGAUUUCUUUUUUACAUUAUUUGAUGUUUAGUGAAUACAUUCCAUUCUGUCUGGUGUGUUCACCAAGCGAGGAUGUGUGAAAAGGAAUUUCAAAUUUAAGGCCAGAUCAUCCAAAUUAGAAAAUGAAUCCACACUUCUCAGUUUAUGGUAUAGACCCCCUAGGUUAAGUAACAAUAAAUAUUUUUUUUUUCUUAUAAAAUUGGAACUUUUUUGGUGGGGUAUUGAACUGUGCAGUUUUCAGAAUUGGGUAUUGGUAGGGGAAAAUGGUAUCAGUAUGUACAUAAAAGCAUUACAACAAAAUUAACUAUUAACACACAUCUUGUUCGCCCACACACACAUUUUUUUUGUGUUGUUUUUUAUUUUUUUUGGUGUGAAUUAGGUACACCAUAUGUGUGGGGCAUAAUUUAGACCAUAGCUGGUCCACAGCCACAAGUAUCACCAUAACAUAGGGAGUCUAAUUGUUUAUCCCCAGCUAUCCAUGGACCACAAUACCACAUCAUUCUGACCGCCUUGAAAAAUUAGGAUGGUGUUUUUCAGCAGCACGAAGAGAUCUGGAAUUAGACGC